CGCAGGUGAAGGGACAAGUCGUUCACGGAGACCAUGCGACAACUUAUAUAGGCGCUACUCACUGUUUAGCGAUGCUCGAAGAUAUCGAAGAUAUCAAAGCGUAUUUUGAUGACCCCGGCGACUCGGAAGAUGAGUUUGGGCCGGGCGACGAGCUGGAAGGACCAGAGAUGCUACUGUACUCAAGGGGAGCGCCGAGCAAUCGACAAGAGCUUCUCGCUCAGCUGCCCGAACGGCAUGUGGUGGAUCGGCUGGUUACGCGAUACUUUUCAUCCAAAAGCCCAUCUCAACACAUUAUUCACCGUCCGACCUUUACAAAAGAAUAUGUGCAAUUUUGGCAAAACCCCAACCAGGUCUCGCUUCACUGGAUAGCUCUCCUAUUUACAGUCCUCACCAUGGGAGUGUUUUUCAACAACUUCUCCGCGCCAGACGAAGUCGAGGGUGAUUCUCCAGUCUCCAUAAAGGACAGAAUCAAGCAAUACCGCUCAGCCGCAGGAUGGGCGUUGAUAUGGGGCAAAUACUCUCAGCCAACGGCCGUAACGAUCCCCGCCUUUAUCCUCUACGUUGAGGCCGACUUUGUCCUCAACCGGGCGGCUCAGAUGAAUUGCUACAUCUUAUCCGGCGUUUGCCUGCGGCUGAUGCUCAAGAUGGGCUUCCAUCGGGACCCGUCCCACCUGGCCAACAUCUCUCCCUUUGAAGGCGAGAUGCGGCGGAGGCAGUGGAACAUGGCCGUCCAGAUUGACCUCCUCGUCUCUUUUCACAUGGGACUGCCGAGCAUGCUCGGUGGGAUCGAGGCCGAUACAGACCUGCCCCGCAACCUAGAAGACGACGACUUUGAUGACAGUUGCAAGGAGCUACCAACUCCUCGGCCAGAUUCAGUCUACUCAACCAUGACUUAUGCUAUUCACAAGUCUAGGCUCCUUCGGGUAUUCAGAAAAAUCGCCCAGCAAGCCCAUUCAUCAACACCGCCGAGCUACAGCGAGGUGUUACAGUUAGACAACCUCCUCAAGGAAGCCUGGAACAGCGUCCCGUCAUUCAUGUACGUCAAGCCGCUGGAGGAGUGCAUCGGCGAGGAGCCCCACCAGAUCAUCCAGCGAUACGGACUCGCCUCCCUAUACCACAAGUGUCGCUGCGUUCUGCAUCGACGCUAUCUAGCAGAGACCGUGCCAAAGCCCGAGCAUGACUACUCGCGGAAUCAAUGCCUGGAUGCCGCUAUCACGCUACUGGGCUUUCAAUAUUCCUCCUGGCUGGGAUGCCGACCUGGAAACGUCCUCGGCCGGUCUGGUUGGUUCAUGACCUCGCUCGCCGUACACGAUUUCAUGCUGGCAGCCAUGAUAUUAUACCUCACUAUUCAGAACGAAAGCUAUUCGGACGAUGGCAAUGGUUUCAGCACGGCUGGCAGACAGAGGGAGUCGCCGACCAAGGACGAGCUGAUUGAGAUGAUUAAGCGAUCGUAUGACAUCAGCCGCCAAGUAUUUAAUAAACUGACGGAUCUAAAGAAGACGGCGGAUACGUUGGCUGUUAUGCUGGCUAAACUCGGAAGACCAGUCGACAGAAUCUCACCAGCUUCAUCAAGUACGCAACCUAGUGGAGGGGAAUUGUCCCGGUCAGCAUCUAGCCAUGUAAUAUCAUCAUCCCUUGAUGUCACUGGAAAUCUGUCUGAUUAUGCGACCGCCAGUGGGUUUGAAGAUUCAGCUUCAAGUUCUGGGCCGACACCCUUCUCCCAGGGGCACCCAGUUACCACUGCCGCCAAUACGUCAACCAUUCUCACUAACGGCAAUGCGCCAAUGGCAAAUGGCCUUGACCAAUUUGAUAUGUCGUGGAUGUUGUCCGCUAAUAACGUAGACUGGAGACACCUUGAUGCUUCUCUCGCUCAAAACGUCGUGGGCGGAUCAGGUUCCGAUGCUGCUCAGACAUGGGCAGAGAGGCUGCAGCUUGAUGAUGUGGAUAUGAUGACCACUGAUCUCUGGAACAUGGCCUCAGAAGGGCGAAGCCAAGGAAUUUAGCACUAGGGGGGAAUAGAGCGUAUAAUGACAUGUUGAUUUUUUAUGACGAACCAUGGUGCUUUGCUGCUACCAUAUUUUCCUUGAAAG